CUAUAUAUAAAUAUGCUAAUGUAUUUCAAAUUUUAUUAUCUCCCCUGUUGCUAUUAUCAACAAGUAAUCAUUAUACACACACGAAAGGAGCACAAAUUGAGCACCUGUAAAUAUGGCAACAACACAACAGGUAUAUAUAUUUAAAAAUUACUGUCAUUGUAUAGAAAUUGAAAUUAUUUAAAUAUUUUUAACAAUAGAUAAGCUUAUUAAACGCCCUCGGUCUCAGACUCGUGCUUUCAUAAAUAAAGUAUAAAGGCAAAGUGCAGCGUCGAUCCUUGAUCUCAUUAGUAUUAGGCUCAUUAGCCAUUGCCAUUAGUACAUUAGCUUCUCACAGUCACGUUGGUGUCUUUGGCCUCUGCUACGUAAUGUUUAUCUUUUCCUAUAAUGGGUCGAAUACGAAUAUAUAAUUGUAUAUAUAUAUUAAUAUUAGAUCAGCAUAUCGAUUUUCUAUAUAAUAUAAAUGUUUUUUAAGUAAGGGAAUAAAUCUAAAUAAAGUAAAAUUAAUUAAUUUGAAAUUAUUAACAGUUUUUAAAAACUUGACAUCCAUUGAAAUAACUUUAUUUUAUUUGUAUUCUUUUUAUUUAAAGCUGGGACCUGGUGGUGUACCUCUGGAUGCUAAAACAUCAGACUACUACAGAACAAAAGAUCUGCCUCACAGAUUUGAACAUCCAAGUAGGUGCAGUUUAUGGAAUAAACUUAUCGUUAUUUUUGUUGAUAAUGAUAUAUCUAAGCGAGAGGCUGUUGAAAAGAAUGGAACAUGGUUAACAAUAAAAUACGGGGGCAGACUGGGCUGCUGUUACUGUGGGAAAUAUGCCUGUGGGCUGGUGGUAAUGCAACUGCAAUAAAAAUUCUGUAUUACAUAUCUAAUUGUAUAAGACUGGACACUCCGUUCCAUCACGUUCAGAAUAUAAUAUAUAUAUGGAAGGUUAUCAAGCAUCGUGUUUUUUUUCUUCAAAAGUAGUUCUAAUUCUAGGACAUGAGAAAAGAACAAACUAAAACGUUCAAUUUAUCAACAUGCAGUGUUAUUAUUUUUUUAAAUAUCGUGCAGUUUCUUGCGAUUAUAACCAAAGGUCCAUUCAUUGUCUUGUCUGGGAGGCAACAUUACAAAGACUUCUGAAAUGAACAUUUUUGGCUGAAUGUGGUCUAAUGUAAAUUUUUAUACAAAGCCUGAAGAAAUAUUUUGUUUAAAUUUAAUUGGAAUUUUGGGACGCAAAUGGUCAGUAUAUUUUUACUCGCAGAAGAAAAUAACCAAAAGCAUGGCAUCUGUUGCCUUAACACAGUUCGAAAGGAGGCACACAGGUGUGUCAGAACAUUUUCAUAUAGAGGGAUUUGAAUUGCUGUAAAAAAUUGAGUAGAAUUGUAACUAUAUCAGAAUCUAUGACCAGAUGAUUCCAAAAAUGGCAACAGUUUUCUCCUUACAUAUCUUGCUUUUGAGAUAUUGAAGAGAUGCCCUUUUUUCAAGCAGUAAGCAUAAUAUUAAUUAAUCAUUGAUCUAAAAACAAUUUUUCAAGAGUUUGUGUGCUGCUCUUACAUUCAACAAACAUAUCUCUUAUCCAAUUACCUGGACAGAAAAAUUGCUAUUUUUUAUGGUACUAUUUACUUUUACACCUUGAAAAUAUGGUUUAAAAAAUUAUUCUUUUAUUGUUCUUCUUGGAGUUGGAAAUGUGUACUGAUUACAGAAAAUUGUCCUGCAUAUGCUAAAUUCCCAGUGUGUACUGUGAUAAAUAAUAAGUAUAUAAUCGUUAACCUUUAUUCUGCAGAUGUUUUUAAAGGGUAUGGCCAUAAGCCCCAGCAUCCAAUGUACACAACAGAAGCAUCCAAAUAUGGUUCCAAAAUACCUUCAGUGCACACGAUGCCAAUUUGUUUUCAUGCUAAGUCACAGAAAUUCUCAGAUGUGAGUGCUAAACAUUGACAUGUUUUUACAAGUUACUGAUCUACCCAUUUUUGUUCCCUGGAAUUAUAAUAAGGAUUAUCCUAAUUUUUUUUCCAUUGGCAGCAAUGAUGGGUGCAUAUUUCAGUUUGAGAAAAAACUUUUUCAAAAAUAAAUUUUUGAAUUAAUAUUUGCUCUUUAUUAUAUUUGACUAUGUAAAAAUGUUUUGAUUUACCGGUACCUAUAAUUAAAAUAACAAAAUGAGGAAAUUAUGAUUUUUUUUUCCAGCACCUUGGAAAGUGUGGAAUGCCUCGCAAUUUCUCUCUGAACACAGGAACAGACAAAAGUAUUAUUUGAUUUGAUAUAAAAUGAGUGGCAGAACUGGAUUUUAGUUUUAUGAUUCUUAGCCCAAUGCUAACAUUCUUAUAACAUAGAGAACAUUCUGGAAAUUAUUGUAUUUAUUGUAAUUUGCAAAGUCUCAUACUCUUUUAACAACUGUUUUAUUUCACCAAGCACUUUCAUUAAAAGAAAUUUAAAAAAAAAAAUGAAUUUUUAAAGAAUUUUUUGUUUUCAAAUGUUUGUCUCUGGAAAAAUAUGACAAAAUUUAGUUAAAUAAUAAUACAACUAUAACAGCUAUGCUAAAUAUUCUUGAAUAGUUUGAAAUGAUAAAAACAUUAACAGAGUCAAAUGUUUUGACAACUUCAGAUGAAUUUAAACAUUUUUUUUAUCAGUAAGAAUAUCUUUAACAGAGAUAAUUUUGUCUGUUGCAUCACUAUACAUUUUGCAAAAAAUGCAUUUCAUGUUAUGAAUUAAAAUGAUAAAUUUACCUAGAACUAAAAUAAUGGAUUUGUGAGCAUUAAAGAAUUUAAAUAAGACAUUUUUUUUUCUUUUCUUUUUUUGAGCAAUGAAAAUCCACAAUAAAAUUGUUUUCAUUUAUUAAAAAAUAG